AGGGGGGGGAAAAGACAACAAACAUUAAAACUUCUUUUUCCUCCUCAGUGCCCACUCUGCGCAGGUGUUGAAUACCAGUUGCAGCUGCAGGAAGCGCGUGAGGUGGCGGUUGCUGAAGCCGUUGUUGCUAAGGGCGGUUGUUAGGGAGGCGCGCGGGGGGAGAAACAACGUGGACGACCGUGCUGAGCGGCGAUGGCGGUGCCGCAGGUUUGAACCAGGUACAAUAUGUCAGAACAUCCACAACUUCUUCGCAGACCAUUGCCACCAAAAGAUGCAAUACCUGCAAAAUCCUGUGAACCCAAGAAUAGACCUCCUGAUAAAAUUUCUACGAAAAAUGCAGCAGCUCCCAAAGGUGAAUGCAAGAAGGAAUAUGCAAAAGAAUCAGACUCUGCCAAUCAACUGAAGACACCCUGCAGCUCUUCUACUCCGAAUAGAUUUCUUUCCUGGGACUUUGCUGUAUGUGGACAGGAUGAUUUGAGUUUUGCAGAGGAUGACCUUUGGUACAGUUUGAAUGGUUUUCUUCAGGAACCCAGUGUGAGAGUUCCACAUUUGCAAAGUAAAGGCAUAGUUUUAUCUCGUUACAACUAUGAAAAAAUUGUGAGGCUCCUUGCUGCUGAAUUAUGGAAUCAGAACCAGGAAAAAGUGAACGUUGUAGAAUUGCCUAUUGAUGAUAUUCCACCCGUGUUGAGACGAGUACCUGAGAGACAGCGCACUAUUGGUACCCAAGAGAAGAUUUUGCAUCUUUUGGAUAGGAAAAGGAGGCACCUAAAUCGGGGAAAGGUGCUAAUUUUUGAGGACCCCUCCCCCAACACAGUCCUCAUCACAAAUGAAAUGAUUGCUGCUGCUAGGCACUUAGAAAAUGACCUAAAACGUGGUAUCAGGCCAGAACUGCCUGGCUAUCCAGGUGCAGGCCCAAAUACUGAAGGAGAUAAAGAAAUUGUUGAAUCUUCAGACAGUGAAUCCCUAGAAUCAGAGGAAAAACCAGAAGGAAAUGUAAACCCGUAUGCUCUUCUUGUUCUAAGAACCCUAGCAAUCAGAAAAGAUUCUUUAAACCUCAGGGGUCAUUUUCUUCACCAACUUCCUGAUCUGACUGCACUUGUUUCCAUAUUAAAGUAUCUGAACCUGUCAUUCAACACUUUACAGGACAUUCCUGUGGAGAUUUAUAGAUUCUCCCACCUUGAAGUGCUAAAUUUACGAGAUAAUCCUAUAGGGGAGAUUUCUUCUGAUAUUGCAAAACUGACGAACCUGAGAAUCUUUAAUAUUUCUUUCUGCCAGAUUUCUGCCCUGCCUGAUGGAUUAUUCCGUUUAGCAAAUCUCCAGUCCCUGAAUGUUGCCUAUAACAAGAUUUCUGUUAUUUCCAAUGACAUUAAGAACCUAAGAAAACUUCAGUUUUUAAACAUUGCAGGAAAUGAGCUGACAACAUUGCCAAAUGACCUCCUUCAACUCAAGUUAAAGCAAUUGCGUUUGGAGAAUAAUUAUAUACAUCCUAUGUUCUGGGAAGAAAAUGCUCGGAACCAACCACAACGACUGACUGACCUAGCUGCUGUUACUUUCUCCAAGGGCCACUUAAUUCAGCAGUACACAAACAUUCCUAAAGAGGUACAAGAUAUACUUAACAAUGCAACUACGUGUGAGUGCUGCAGAGGACCUUUGUUUGGCCCAGGACUUAAACUGAUCAAGCCACGUAAGACAGUCUUUCACAGUGAAAGCCUCCCGUUCCUGUGUCAUGCCUGUUCACCAUCUUGCUAUAAAUGGUUCACAUCCAAGACUGGCUGAAUAUAUUCUUCACUAAGCUUUGGCCUACUGGAAAAAGAAGUUAAUGAGGACCAUGUUCAAUUUGAUAUGGGAGCCUUUAUGAACUCCUGGUAAACACUUCAUUUCAGCAACUGUAAACAUUGUUCAGUGUUCGUACCUUAAGCGGUCAUAAAGAAUUUACUGUGCA